AGACACUCCUUCAGAGCCAUGGGUGGGCGUGGGAGUCACUGCUUGUGUGACGCCGAUGAUGAUGGGGAGACGAACGUGAACUUUCUGGAUGAGAAGGGCUCGGGGCCCUCCGAAGUGAGGCCGCUCUUUACGUACGAGAACGGCGCCACCUACCAUGGCUCAUGGAUGGGUGAGCUGCGGCAUGGGCAUGGGGAACAGAUGUGGCCCGAUGGUGCCAGAUACUGCGGGCAGUGGGUCAAAGACAAGGCACACGGCCAGGGCCGCUUCGAACACGUGGACGGAGAUGUCUACGAAGGCCAGUGGCAGGCAGACAAGGCGCAUGGCCAGGGCAUGUACCAACACGCUGACGGCUCGCGCUAUGAGGGCCAGUGGAAGGAAGAUAAGCAGCACGGCCGUGGCUUAGAGCUUUGGCCUGACGGUGCCAGAUACCAAGGGGACUACCUGGAGGGCCGGAAGAACGGCCAGGGAAGCUUCAGUUGGGCGGAUCGCUCGAGUUACGAGGGCGGCUUCCGCGACAACGAGAUCAACGGCGAAGGGCUGUACAUUUGGGGUGAUGGUCGAAGGUACCAAGGGCAGUGGGUGAACAACCGUAUGCACGGCCAUGGGGUCUUCACCUGGGCAGAUGGCCGCACCUACGAAGGACAAUACAAGGAAGAUUCAAAGGAUGGGCACGGAGUGUUCUCCUGGCCUGAUGGCCGAAAGUAUGAUGGGCAAUGGAAGGAUGGCAAACAACAUGGCACGGGCUCUUACGUGAGUUUGGCCGGAGAGAAGAAGCAAGGAGUCUGGGAGGAGGGCCGCCGAUUGAGAUGGCUCUCGGAGGCGGAGACGAAUCUGGCCUGACCGCGACCGGGCGUUAGGACCCGACCGGUCGGGUGCAGCUGCGUGAGCCCAAAGCCGUUGCUGAGACGAACGAA